AAUUUGUAGUUUAUUCUCUUCUCUUAGUUUGUUAUGAGAGAGAGGUGUUUUAAAAUUGCUUAACUCUUUAAUUUGCCAAAUAUGGCGUUGAUUUGGUUAUUAGGCUUUGGCUGUUGGAUUUUGUAAUUGGGCAAAGCAGGAUUCAUUGUUGCGAUAUUUUGGCUUGUGGUUCUGUAUUUUUAACGUCUUAGGUGAAAGGGUAAAAAAGGUUUGUGAAAGAUAAAGUAGUCUCUAUUUGAUCAAAGAUAUUUAUAUUGUUGGUCGUUACAAACAAUUUUUGCAAUUUAGUUGUGGUAAAGUAGAAAGAGGGCAAACUUUUAUUUUUGUGUGUGGUCGUGUAUCAAUGAGAAAACAAAGAGGGAAAGCAUAUAUGGGGUGAAAGUCUUAGUGUCCAUCAAUCAGGACUAUGAAAUAUUUGACCAGCGUUGUCCUUUAGUGUUGGUGAAGUAGCAUUUGUUGAACUGAAAGCGGAGAUUCGAUUCGAAGAUAUUUAAUUGCCUUGUGGACAUGUUGGAUUCAUGGGUUAAUAACUUAGCGCAGCGCAGCCAAGCCCAACCCAAAUAAAAUUCCUCUCCGAGAUUGGGCUCUGGUGUGACCCCUCGCCAUGCAAGGAUUAAAAAAGGGGAAUUCGGCCCAAUACCCCUGUUGGAAGACCGCUAAUGAGAUCUACCCGUGCUUUUUUUAAUUUUUUUUAUUUUAUCCUUCUAUUUUUUAAUAUUCCUAGAUUACCCUUUUUAAGAAAAAUUAAGAUGAAAAUCCUUGAACGGAGCAUGAAUAAACGAGGAGAAGAAAGAGAGAGAAAAGAGAGAGAGAGAGAGAGAGAGAGAGAGAGAGAGGGGAGGAUUGGGUUUUAGGGUGUAGCAGUUGUUGUAAGACUAAUAAAAUUCCUUUUCCCCAGCAAAAUUUUUAUUCACCCUAUUAACUUUCAUAUUAUUUCGUUUCUAUUUUCUUUUUCUUGGUCGAUGCCGAAACCGAGAAAACGUCAACCAGCCAGAUUUUUGCAUUUCCAAAUUUACCAUAUCCUCUGUGUUUCUGAGUUUGAUCCUCUUUAUGCCAAUACCAAAAAAAAAAAAAAAAAAAAAAAAUGAACGGAUAUAAAAUCUACAACCAGUAAGGAGCAAGAGGCUGUUAAAGGAACUUUUAGAAUAAGAUUAGUUAGUAUAAAAAGAAGCAAAGGGAAAAAUAAAUAAAUUAAUAAAGAGGGGCAAAUUCACAAACACAGACUGCUUUAAGUCUCAAUAUCGAUUCUCUCUUUGUAUAUCUAAUAAUAAUGCCGGCAACGAGAAAUUGAAUAACUUUCUCAAUCACCAAAGCGCCUUCAAAGCUCUUCAUCUUCUUCUUCUGCUUGAGCCAUCCUCUUCGCUUUUCAUUCUUGUUCUUCUUCGGCUCUGAAUUUUGAUGCCUGCCAAACAGAGUAACAGACCGAUAACUUUCUACUUCUUCAUCCCUCCUAUUUUGGAUCUUUUGGGCCUCUAUAAUUGGUUUCCUUUUCAUUUUCUUUUUCUCUGGGUUCGAAGAAGGGGGAAAAAGGAAACGCAGAGGCGGAGGAAUUGAAAAGUAAUUUUUUAGUUUUGUUGAGGGUAAAAUAGGAAGUAAGGGGUAGAUAAAAAAAUGGGGAGAAGCAAGGGGUGAACAUCCUUGAUCUCUUAUUUUGAUGGGUAUUUGGUCAAAUUACCCUUAAAAAAAUAAUCAAUACGCUUAGGGAGAGAAAAUAAAAAUGGUUUAAUGGAAGAAAAGGUGCAACGGGGAUAGAGAAGAAAAACAAGUCAAAAACCACCGAGUGAAAAUGUGGUAGAAGGCCUUUUGGUUGUGUAUGAGUCGCACAGGCAAGAGUGGAUCGAAGGGAAGCAGGCAGGAGGAGCAGGUGAGAGAUAGAGAUCGCAUCAGAGAUGGCAGCAGCUGCAGGUCCCGGAAAAUGCUUCCUGGUGACAGGACCUCCUGGCGUAGGUAAGACCACUCUCAUUAUCAGAGCCUUUGAAGCUCUCAAAGCCUCGAACCCUUCCUUAAAGCUUCAGGGUUUCUACACUCGUGAGAUUAGACAAGGAAGUGAUAGAGUUGGGUUUGAAGUUGUCACGCUUGACGGUCGCAAAGCUCCACUCGCCUCCACCACCAUUUCUAGUCCACAGUCUAUGAGGUGGCCAACUGUGGGGAGGUACAAAGUGGACGUAGCAUCGUUCGAGUCUUUGGCUCUCCCUGAGUUGCAGGUUCGGGAAGAUACAGAUUUGUUCAUCAUUGAUGAAGUUGGUAAGAUGGAGUUGUACAGUUCAUCUUUUUUCCCUGCUGUUUUGAAAAUCCUGGAAUCAAAUAUCCCUGUUUUAGCUUCUGUUCCAAUUCCUAAGUCUGGCCGUGAUAUACCAGGAGUUGCUAGGUUGAAGAAUCAUCCUGGUGCAACCAUUUUUACGUUGACCACAAGUAACAGGGAUGCUGUCAAAGACCAGAUAUACUCCCAAUUGGUAGACUUACUGAACAAACCCCAGAACCGGCUGCCUUAGGCGACAAAUCAAAAUGUGAUUUUUUAUUAUGUAGUAUUUAUAUAUAUAUAUAUAUAUAUAUAUAUAAUUUUAUGUUAAUUUAGGUUAGCAAAAUAUUUUAAUACUGUUUGUUUUCGUUGUUUUCCUUUGAAUAUAAUGAGAAUGCUCCUGUUGAAAAGGGAUAAUAAUAUAUGGUACUAUACGAUAUGGUUCUUUCUCAA